UGGUUUGCCAACCGCCAUUAAAACACGAAGAAGAAGAACAACGACAACCCCCGGAUGGAAAUAUCGCGAGACUUGUGCUGAAAUAAAUUCCGCCGGAACUCUCAUCGAGCCUUCUUCUUCCUGAAUACACAUCACCAAAUGGCGGACGACGCCGGUGGUAGAGGAGGGUUCCGUGGAGGUUUCGGCGCUGGCGGCCGGGGCCGCGGUCGUGGUCGUGGCAGAGGCCGGGGGAGAGGGCGCGGAGCCCGGGGCGGCAAGGCCGAGGACAAGGAGUGGGUGCCUGUGACCAAGCUUGGUCGUCUGGUGAAGGACAUGAAGAUCAAGUCCCUGGAGGAGAUCUACCUGUAUUCUCUGCCCAUCAAGGAGUCUGAGAUCAUUGACUUUUUCCUGGGCUCAGCCCUGAAGGAUGAGGUGCUGAAGAUCAUGCCUGUCCAGAAGCAGACCAGGGCUGGUCAGCGCACCAGGUUUAAGGCUUUUGUUGCCAUCGGAGACUACAACGGGCAUGUUGGUCUGGGAGUGAAGUGCUCUAAAGAGGUGGCCACAGCUAUCCGUGGAGCCAUCAUCCUGGCCAAGCUGUCCAUCAUCCCUGUCAGGAGAGGCUACUGGGGUAAUAAGAUUGGAAAGCCCCACACUGUCCCCUGCAAGGUGACUGGUCGCUGUGGCUCGGUCCUGGUGCGUCUGAUCCCUGCUCCCCGUGGUACUGGCAUCGUGUCAGCUCCUGUUCCCAAGAAGCUGCUCAUGAUGGCUGGUAUUGAUGACUGCUACACCUCUGCCAGAGGCUGCACGGCCACCCUGGGCAACUUUGCCAAGGCUACUUUUGAUGCCAUAUCAAAGACGUACAGCUAUCUGACCCCUGAUCUCUGGAAAGAGACUGUGUUCACCAAGUCUCCCUACCAGGAAUUCACUGAUCAUCUGGCCAAAACUCACACCAGGGUCUCUGUACAGAGGACCCAGGCUGCUGUUCAGCCCUCCUAAAUUUUGUACAAUGGAUUGAAAUAAAAUCCUGAAAAGUC